GCGACGCACCAUUCUGAGCAGAAGCGGAAGAGAAUGGGCUCCUUGCCGCCCUUAGAGCCGCCCAUUUGCGCUGCUGGUGAAGCCAUGCCGAGUGGGUGUGAGGUCGUAAAUCGUAAGUGUGCGUGUGGAUCGUCGUGACGGCUGUUAUGCGCGUGUGAAGAGACAAAAGCGUCGAGGAAGCCUGAGCACAAAAGUUGAGUAGGUACAGAGACAGAGUCACGUCGGCGAGCGCGGGCCACCCGUCUUGAUUCGCGCGGCUUCCGUUGCUGUGGCAGAGCCGCGUUCUUUGUUUGGCAGGCGCCCCCGCAUUAUCGACCUUGAGGCGCCGAUCGCCCUGUCCACCGCCUGCAAUUCUAGACGUCGCUCCACGCUGCACGCACAACUGCCCGUGCGGAGACUCCUAUCAACCUCUGCACUGCUUGCCUUCCCCCUACCACCGCCUACUCCGUCCAGCAUCACGCAUACAUCGCCAGCAACAAUGUCGUCCGCUGAAACUGGUCUCCCCGAGGGAUGGGAGGUGCGCCGCUCCAACACCAAGAACCUUCCAUACUACUUCCACGCCCAGACGAAAGACUCGCGAUGGGAACCACCAGCCGGAACCGACCCGGACAAGCUCAAGGCAUACAUGGCCGCCAACCACAGCUCCAAGGGCGUUGCGCCCGCAGCUCUCGCGCCGACUGAAGGCAAGAUCCGAUGUGCCCAUCUCCUUGUCAAACAUCGCGACAGCAGGCGUCCGGCUAGUUGGCGGGAGCCCAAGAUUACGCGCUCGGUCGAGGACGCCCGGCAGAUGAUAAAGGAAUACCAGAAGCAAAUACAGGCGUACGAGAGUGGCCAGGAAGAUGGCAGCGCCAAGUCUCUGUCUGAACUCGCGACGACCGAGUCGGACUGCAGCAGCGCUCGCAAGGGGGGCGAUCUGGGCUUCUUUGGCAAGGGCGACAUGCAGAAGGAGUUCGAGCAGGCUGCCUUCGCCCUCAACAAGGGCGAGGUGAGCGAUCUGGUCGAGACGGCAUCGGGGGUGCACUUGAUCCAAAGGUGGGACGAAUUUCACAUGUCUCAGUAUGAUGCUAACCAUACGCAACGCAGGUUGGAAUAGUCAAUGCGUCGCGCCAAAACUAGGGCAAACAAAGCGUCAUGUACUGUGAUGAGGGGUUUCCUGGGACGCGUGCGGGCUGUGCAGACGCGUCGUGGAUAACCGCUCAACACCAAGACAAUCAUGGUAGUACUAGUAAUACUACUAUCAUGAGAUAUGCAUGUGAAGUCCAGGAGCGGGCGCAGCACGUUGGCCGUGUGUCGUGU